GAUAUUAGGUUGCGUGUUCAAACUACAGUUGCAAACAGAUUGAAUGCUUAUUGUCGCAACAAUUCUGGGGCUGCAAUUUGUCCCACUAAUGGGUAUGUUUGUGCAAAGUCUUAUUAUAAAUUUUAUAUUAAUGCCCAGCCGGCUCGUUAGCGCCGUUCCGGGCGAUACCCUGGGACGAAGAUACUAGUUUUUCUCCCCCGAGUAUAUGAAGAUAUACGUGUAUUUGCGCCCGGAUAUAUGAAGGUACUAUUUCAGAAGAACGGAAAUACAGCAUUAUUUUUCAAAUAUCAAAAUUUGUUCAUCUUAGAAAGCUGUAGUCAACCUUUGAUAACAAUACUCAUUGUCUAGACGAAUAAACCAUGGCAACAAAGGAAUAUUGGGUAAUUUGUUGAUCCAAAGUUUGGAAUGCUAAACUAAAAAAUGACUCACGAUAUUGUCGUAUAUUUCUUGGCUCUUUUUCACUUGUUUCUCAUGCACAUACGAAAUUCUUUGCUUUAAUUCCCAAGAUCAACGACAUUAUAUAAAUUCACCUAGGAAUAAUUUGAUAUUUAAUUUUACUUCAUCAAAAUAGACUUUAAAGAUUUUAAACCUACUUUAAAUUCAAACUUUACAUCUCGCUUAUGCCAAAAUUCAUGUUAACAUAUAUCAUGAAUAUAAUUAACUUUAAUAUUUGUAGUAUCGAACUCGUCGUUUCUAAGCCUCAUUUUGAAUUAUUUCUUGGAAUUAACAACGACCACAAGUGUUUAAAAAUAAAACAACUUUAUUGUUUCCAAUAAACAAUAAAGUUGUUUUAUUCUUUAAGCAUUUGUGGUUGUUGUUAAUUCCAAGAAAUAAUUAAACUUAUUUGGUUGCAAUCGGUAAUAACAACUUCUCUUCAAAGUAAACUUAUUCAAGUUUACUGUGAUAUCAAAAAGGGAUUUCAUUUUUAACAAUACGUGUUCGGUAAUGACAUGCAUAUAUUUCUUUAUCAGAGCCUUCACCAAAGAUGAUGUUCUUGUCCAAAUUGAUCCCGCUUCUGACAGUGUUAGUUUCGUCGUUCUUGAUCCCCAGACAGGAUCAACAGUUCCAGCCAGUGGUGUACAAAAUGCAAUCAGUGGAGAAUUUUUGUCCGACCUUCUCGACUUACAAUUUACAGUGCCACUACCACAGGAAAAUAUUGAUAACGCAAUCAAUGUCGUAUUGAAAGAUUUCCAAGCAGAUCAGGUUUGUUUUUCCAUGUACUUAUAAUUGCAAGCACGUCACCAGAGUCUUGGAAAUCUUCUUAUUAGGAUGUUUUACCAUGACCAGACAUACUGUACAAUCUAUUGAUGUUAAUUAAAAUUUUGAGUCGUAAAGGGCUCGUGUUAUUACAAUUUAAAAAUGUACCGCCAAUAGACUUCUCGUGGAAAUUACAGUGCGUCUACAGUAAGUGGGGCCACUUAGAGAACACUAACCAAUCACAUUGCAGAACAAAAAUAGAAAAAAUCAACAAACGGCGCAUUAUAGCCAAUCAGCAUUGGGCCAAAAACAAUUUUAACAAAUAAAAGAAUGUCAAACGGUAAAAAUAGACUUGUAAAAGUAAACACUGCAGUUAAUGGCUUCCUGAAUCUUUCUUUUGAUUGGACGAGCUUUAGUUUGAUUAGAUUUUUCUUUUUGUUCUGCACUGCGAUUGGUCAGUGUUCUCUAAGUGGCCCCACUUACUGUAGACGCACUGUGAUUGAAUUGGUCAUGCAUAAUGAUAGGCUGAGCUAACUGAAUUCUAAAAUGCUCUAUUUAUAUAUAGUUUAUGUUAACUGUGUAAAUUAUAUAAUUAUAUUUGUGACUCCUCAUGCAGUUGUUGUCGAAUUACGAAAUGAAGGGUAAUUAAUUAUUGUAAAUUUUUGUGUAAGUUCUUUUGAGUACAGCGUGAUUAUUAUUAUUUAAAACGGCAAUAUAGAAAGUACACGUACAAUUCGACUAAAUUGUACUUCAAAUUUUCUAUGAAUUUAUUAUAGUUCAACUAUUUACUAAUUUGCUAUUUAUGUAGUGGUCUUUCCGAGGUGCAUCGUUUCGGCGGAACAUGUCAGAGGAAAUCAAAGCAUUCUGUAACAUGUCAACGUACCAUCGUGAUAUCUGUAACAUUUCAGAGUAA